AGCAUCUCAACCCCACCAAAGCUCCAAAAAAAGCCCAACCUCAGACACGCGAGGCUCUCUGUAACCGCGCCCGCGAUGCAGACUCGCCAUGUCCUAUUACGACGUUGACGCCAUUCUCACUGACGGGGAGAAAGUUCCCUGUCGUUUCGAGCUCGACGUGCCUUACCUCGGCCAUCUCGACAACUCCAAUGGCCUGAAGCCCGGCUCACGCCUCGCGCUGCCCCUCUGGCUCGCCGAAAUGUUCGCCCUCGCCUCCGCGGGCGAAGAUUCCAAGCCGCCGCUGACGCUGACCCUGCCGCCGUGCCUGUCCGAACAGGUCCAGGCCGCGCUGAAAGCCGACCCGCGGGCCGUGGCACUGCGAGACCAGAGCGCAUAUUUCUACGGCGUGGCGGUGCGGAUGCUGGAUCUGUUUGACGAGAGGGAGCUGAGCGCCAUACUGAGGAGGACGUUUGUGGUGAGGGCGGCGGAUGUGGGAUUGCAUGCGCGCAAGGCCGAAGAGUCGGGACUGGGGGGCCAGGGCGAGGAGUUCCUGCGGGGACUGGAUGAGUGGGAGAGGCGGUUGUUUAGGAGAGGGCACGAGGGAGUGAGGGGGGCCAAGGAGUGGACGGAUAACGUUAAGAAAUCAUGAUGUUGAGCGAGGAAUCGGGCGAUUUUACGAUGAUACCCUGGCAUUUGGAAACGAGAUGCGGUGCCUUGAAUAGAAUGUAUGAAUAAGGUCUAAAGAGACCUGCAAUGAAGACAAUGAUCAAUUGCCAAAUGUUUACCGCUGAGGUGCAAAUCAACAUCGGACAAAGAAGCGUGACGGCGAACCAUCGUUAUUC